UAACAGCUGUCAUUAACAUUAGCGCCGCUAACUUCUUCCGGUUGACACUUCCGGUGUAGAGCGAGUCCAUGCUUGCUCUGCUUCAGAGUACAUAUACAAUUGUUCUAAAUCAAUUGGAUCAAGUCUCAUUUUAAACAGCCACCUCCAGUCAGUCAGUGGGAUGUCCAGUUCGGACGUGCUAGCCAGUCCCAGUGGUGUGGACGUGUCCUCCUCUCCCAAAUCACCACUGGCUAAAACCCAGCAACCUGACAAGGACUCCAAACCAGUAACCAAACAGAACCCUGGUCCUGCCUCCCCUCCCCUCCAUGGUCUGAAGCUGGCUCCCCACAGGGAGCUGGAGCAGGCACAGCAGAGGGGCAGGCUGAAGUGUUCUAGCUGCGGAGGCUCCCGGAUGUUCUUCUGCUACACCUGCUGCUCUUUAGUGGGCGUCAGCCAGCAGGAAAUCCCCUCUGUCAAGCUCCCUAUAAAGAUUGACAUCAUCAAGCAUCCCAGUGAGGUUGAUGGGAAGAGCACAGCCAUACACGCCAAGAUCCUCGCCCCCGAUGAUGUCACCAUCUACACCUACCCCUGCAUACCUGAGUAUGAAGAUGACACAGACAAAGUAGUGCUGGUGUUCCCUGGUCCUGGAUCAGUCUCAGUGGAGGAGAUGACAUGGAGAUUACAGAACCUGGCUGUCAUGAAGUCAGCUGCCUCCCCAGAUGAGGAACCGUCCCCAAAGAGGCCCAGAGCCGAGGAGACGCCAGGGGCCACACAGCAGGCUGAGGGACACACAUCAGGAGCCACACACACAGAAGAGAGGGGAGGGGAAGCAAGGAUAGAGGGCCAGACUGAGACACCAGGGGCCUGUCCCCUCCAGAGAGUGGUGUUCAUCGACAGCACAUGGAACCAGACCACCAGAAUCAUCACAGAUGAGAGACUACAGGCGUUGCUCCGUGUGGAGCUGAAGACCAGGAAGACGUGUUUUUGGCGCCAUCAGAAAGGUUCUCCAGACACCUACCUGGCAACCAUAGAGGCUGUCUACUACUUCCUCAAGGACUACCAGGAGCUGUGUCUGAGACAGGAGUACACAGGACAGUACGACAACCUGAUGUACUUCUACUGUUACCUACACACACUGAUCAACAAGGCUAAGACAACCGCUGGGAGACGCUGAGGCUGCAGGGAGGAGAGAGAGGCCAAAACUACCGCUGAGAGACGCAGAGACUGCAGAUAGGAGAGAGAGGCCAAAACUACCUCUGAGAGACGCAGAGACUGCAGAUAGGAGAGAGAGGCCAAAACUACCGCUGAGAGACACAGAGACUGCAGAUAGGAGAGAGAGGCCAAAACUACCGCUGGGAGACGCAGAGACUGCAGAUAGGAGAGAGAGGCAAAAACUACCGCUGAGAGACAGAGACUGCAGAUAGGAGAGGGAGGCCAAAACUACCGCUGGGAGACACAGAGACUGCAGAUAGGAGAGAGAGGCCAAAACUACCGCUGAGAGACACAGAGACUGCAGAUAGGAGAGAGAGGCCAAAACUACCGCUGAGAGACACAGAGACUGCAGAUAGGAGAGAGAGGCCAAAACUACCGCUGGGAGACUACAGAUAGGAGAGAGAGGCCAAAACUACCGCUGGGAGACGCAGAGACUGCAGAUAGGAGAGAGAGGCCAAAACUACCGCUGGGAGACACAGAGACUGCAGAUAGGAGAGAGAGGCCAAAACUACCACAGGGAGACGCAGAGACUGCAGAUAGGAGAGAGAGGCCAAAACUACCGCUGAGAGACACAGAGACUGCAGAUAGGAGAGAGAGGCCAAAACUACCGCUGAGAGACACAGAGACUGCAGAUAGGAGAGAGGCCAAAACUACCGCUGGGAGACACAGAGACUGCAGAUAGGAGAGAGAGGCCAAAACUACCGCUGAGAGACACAGAGACUGCAGAUAGGAGAGAGAGGCCAAAACUACCGCUGAGAGACACAGAGACUGCAGAUAGGAGAGAGAGGCCAAAACUACCGCUGGGAGACACAGAGACUGCAGAUAGGAGAGAGAGGCCAAAACUACCGCUGAGAGACACAGAGACUGCAGAUAGGAGAGAGAGGCCAAAACUACCGCUGGGAGACACAGAGACUGCAGAUAGGAGAGAGAGGCCAAAACUACCGCUGGGAGACGCUGAGGCUGCAGGGAGGAGAGAGGCCAAAACUACCGCUGGGAGACGCUGAGGCUGCAGGGAGGAGAGAGAGGCCAAAACUACCGCUGAGAGACGCAGAGACUGCAGAUAGGAGAGAGAGGCCAAAACUACCGCUGAGAGACACAGAGCCUGCAGAUAGGAGAGAGAGGCCAAAACUACCGCUGGGAGACACAGAGGCUGCAGGGAGGAGAGAGGCCAAAACUACCGCUGGGAGACACAGAGACUGCAGAUAGGAGAGAGAGGCCAAAACUACCGCUGAGAGACACAGAGACUGCAGAUAGGAGAGAGAGGCCAAAACUACCGCUGGGAGACACAGAGACUGCAGGGAGGAGAGAGAGGCCAAAACUACCGCUGAGAGACACAGAGACUGCAGAUAGGAGAGAGAGGCCAAAACUACCGCUGGGAGACACAGAGACUGCAGAUAGGAGAGAGAGGCCAAAACUACCGCUGAGAGACACAGAGACUGCAGAUAGGAGAGAGAGGCCAAAACUACCGCUGGGAGACACAGAGACUGCAGAUAGGAGAGAGCGGCCAAAACUACCACAGGGAGACGCAGAGACUGCAGAUAGCAGAGAGAGGCCAAAACUACCUCUGGGAGACACAGACUGCAGAUAGGAGAGAGGAUCUACCUACACACACAAUCACCACCAAGGCCUCCAAAAAUAGCUGACAAACUGUCUUACUAACCAGUUUUCCAUUCAGCCUUUUUAUGCGAGUAAAGUACGUCACUCACCUGCCAGUCAGGUGGCUUUGUCAUCUUAGUUUUGCUCUUGCACUUUGAGAUUUUUUUGUUUUGGAAUUCAUCAAAAGAUUUGUCGCGCUCCCCAUAGAGAUAUAAUAUAAAUGUUGUAACUUUCCAAAUGUUAACAAAACAAAAUACGCUAUACAAGGCAGUGGCGACCCAUCAUUCAGAGCAAGUGGCUUGUCUGUCUCCCCCUUAUGCCGUAGCUUGUACAUCUCCAUUGUCAGUAGAAACCACAUUUAAGCAAGUCAGCCAUAUCAGCCAUGGUUUUUUUAAAGGCAGUAAAUGAGGCUGAAAGAAGUGUUUCGCUGCCAGACCAGGCUCAGCUGUUGGGGACUGCUGUCUGGGACUGCUGUUGGGACAGCUUUAUGUCGGCCCUAACAGGUUGUGGGCACCAUUUGUCACCGUUCUAGUGCUAUUAAUGUAUUGUUUCGUGACUUUGCUGGCAAGCAUCCCACUUUCUUUCUUUUAUGACAUUGUUUUGCCCCACCAAGAUUUACACGCUAAAAUCACCACUGAGACAAGGUAGGAUCAUUUUGUGUCUAAAACUAAUAUUGAGGUAAACAUGUAUUGAAGUCAAUUUAAGUAACACAAUGACAUUUUGUGUGGUUCUCCCACUAUGAUUUAGGCUACAGAUGAAAUAUGUUAACUUUACAGGGUGGUGAAGGUACAAGGUGAUGGGCUUGAUGUGCCUUUCCAAUAAAUAUCCAGGGUCUUAUUCUGGUGACAUGAUGAUCCAUGCUUUGUUGCCGUUUUGACAAAUAAAGAACCAUAAUGUCAUGUAGACUAUA